AAUAGCCACUAAAAAAAAAUACACUGCGACUCUUCUUCUUCUUCUUCUUCUCUCUCUCCUUUUCUCUGUUUCAGAGCUCAGAUAUUUUGGUUGCUGCGCGAGAUCAGAUAUGAAUUGCCUUCAGAGCCUUCCAAGAUCAUCAGCUUUGCUUCUCCAAGGCCCGAGCUCUCAUCGGAGAAAGCCUUUUGGCCACAUUAAUACUCUGAGAGUGAUCAAUACGACUGAUCUACCCCGAAGAAGUAUGGCUAUCAAGGCAACUUCUGGUUCCACAUCUAGCGCUGAGAUGAGUGGCAGUGCCAGUGGGGCCGAUGUAGAGGAGGAACUAUCUGAGACAUAUAGUCACAACAUGACAGCGGCAAUGGGUGCUGUUCUGACUUAUAGACAUGAAUUGGGAAUGAACUACAAUUUCAUCCGUCCAGAUUUGAUCGUGGGGUCAUGCCUACAGACCCCUCAUGAUGUUGACAAGCUUCGUGCAAUUGGAGUAAAAACUAUAUUUUGCUUGCAACAAAAUCCAGAUUUGGAAUAUUUUGGGGUAGAUAUUGGAGCUAUACAGGAGUAUGCCAGUACAUUUCAUGACAUUGAGCACUUGCGAGCUGAGAUAAGAGACUUUGAUGCACAUGAUUUACGGGUGCGGCUGCCAGCUGUUGUCAGCAAAUUAUACCAGGCUGUAAACCGAAAUGGAGGUGUGACUUAUAUACAUUGUACUGCUGGAAUGGGACGAGCUCCUGCUACUGCGUUAGCAUAUAUGUUCUGGGUUCAGGGGUAUAAACUAGACGAAGCUCUGAAAUUGCUGCUGAGCAAACGCCCAUGCUUCCCUAAAGUGGAUGCUAUAAAAAGCGCAACUGCUGAUAUUCUUACAGGCCUAAACAAGAAAACUGUUACCUUGACAUGGAAAGAUAACAAUUGCUCUCUGGUGGAAGUAUCUGGACUUGAUAUUGGAUGGGGUCAGAGAAUGCCUCUAAAUUUUGAUGAGGAACAGGGUCUGUGGACUCUAAAGAGGGAACUGUUCGAAGGACAGUACGAGUACAAGUACAUUGUCGAUGGUGAAUGGAUAACCAAUGGAAAUGAACUGAUUAAAACUCCCAACAAGGAUGGCCAUGUCAACAAUUAUGUUCAAGUUUUUGGUGAUGAUUCAGGUAGUGCUAGUGCAUCCCUACGAAAGAGGUUGUUUGAGGAUUCUGAUCUUACAACAGAGGAAAGAGAGAACAUAAGGAAGUUCUUGGAAACUAAUGCUAGUGAUGAAUAGAAUAGUACGAAUCUGACAAACCCUGCAUCAUGUAGAGUACCAAAUAAUUUCUGUUCUUCCCAGUUGUAUUCUCAAGAUAUAUGUAGUUUUUUAUUUCUUUUUUUUGGUGGGAAGAAAUUAUGAAUAUAGGUGUUGUAUGUAGCAUAAUUGGAAUAAGCAUGAUCAACUCAAAAGGAAAAAGGGAAUGAUCUCGUUGAAUAAUGAUAAUAAGACUAGUGUUACUAAUUUAACCAAUGCUUGCAACUUUUGGAAUACAAGAAAUAUCUUUGAGUAA